CACUACCAUACUGAUCGCUCAAUCGACGUCGCCACUUCGAAGAGCUCGACCUGGUCAAAAAUACAGAGUAUUUCCCCGAAAAGACUGAGGGCUUCCUUCGACGCCCCACACAUUCUCCUACACGCGCGCGAACGCCUCUCUCAAACGUCGUGCAGACUCGAGCCUAUGAGAACAUCCUACUCCCGUAUCGCACUAUCGAAAUUUUUGUUUGUAACUAUCCUACUCCUAGAAUACGAUGACGUUUCCGGAUUGCAUAGCCAACUAUGCCCUCAUUCGUCCACUCGGUUCGGGCGUGUCUGGCGCGACGUGGGAAGCGCGAAAUAUUUAUGACACAUCUGGACACACUGUGGCCCUCAAAAUCCAAGAUCGUGACAUCGAGUACCCUACCAACUGCCGCGAGCGCGCCAUCUAUCCACUUCUCCAGGGCGGCAUUGGCAUGCCGAGACUCUGGACAGCGGGUGUACAAGGAAAAUAUGACUACCUCGCCAUCGACUUACUGGGAGACAGCUUAGACAAGAUAUAUCGGAAGAAUGGGAAGGCCACCAUGGAUAUGCGGACUGUGUGUUCAAUCGCUGUACAGCUGAUCACCCGAUUGGAAUUCAUGCACUCGCGCGGAGUCUUGCACCGCGACAUUCAGCUCGGAAAUAUUGCUCUGGGACUCAAACCGAACGAAAAAAUCCUCUACAUGAUUGACUUUGGAUUCUCAACGACGUAUAUCGAUCUAAGGACCAGAAAGCAUAUAACAAAUAUCAAACCCGACGCUUUUAUUGGUAAUUAUUGGUUUUCCAGCGUCAACGUGCACUGUCGUGGCAAAGCUGCAUCUCGGAGAGACGACCUCGAGGCUGCAGCUCUGCUUCUAAUCCACCUUUUGACACCCAACGGACUCUCUUGGACCCGAGACGGUAUACCCAGAGACGAGACAGCACAUGCUCGCUUGAAGCGGCAGAAGCGCGCUGCACUGCCGGAGGACGUCUGUCGCGGACUGCCGAUCGAAUUCGAGGACUUCUUGCGGCACUGCCGCCGGUUGACAUUUGCUGCGAAGCCAGACUACGCAUAUUGCAGAGACCUCUUCCUCGACCUCGCCCAAGAAUCAGGAUAUCAUGACAUAGAGUCGUUCAUCUGGCCUCUUUCCGAAACCAUUGUCAAGCCGCCAGCGCGUGCUCGCGCGCAUGACUCCAACGCGAUCGAAAAGGUCCUUCAGGAUCUCGCGGGUCUCAAGUUGGAGAACCGACCUGUGCUGGGAGAUAAGAAGAACAUACAACUGUCCCACCUGCAACCAAAACCCAAUGGUCUCCCAAAAGCUGCGCAACCAAUAAAGAAACCGGCGUUGGAUACGACAAACGUGAUCGUCAUCAGCGACAGCUCGGACAUCCCUCCCAUUGCCCGCCGCUAUGCCAAAGCGGAAAAGCUAGACAAGCUCACCAGAGAAGCAUCGAAUGCGAUGGACAACAAAGCACUCGCUCGGCUUGUCAUCGAAUUCGUGACGCUUUUGAAGAGCAACACCUCGCGGACGCUCACGCGAGAAGGCUUUGCGUUCCUCGAUGCACUACACAAGCAGCUCGUGGAUCCGUCCGUGUUCAUCGUCCCCCUCCGCACGUCGCGCACGAAGACAGGCAAGACCAAAGCCUCAAUCGAUAGCGCGGAGAACACGCAGCCCCUACAGCAGGGCCGUGAGCGGCUGAACAAGCUGUGGCAGUUGCGUCAGGGCGUGGGUAAGGCGCAGGAUAACAAGGCGCUUGCGGCCUUGGUGGCCGAGUUCGGCUCGCUCACGGAUAAAACUGCGGGGCGGAACGUGACAAAGGACGGGUUCGCCUUCUUGGAGGGCAUGGCAGAGCGAUUGAAGGUCGUGCAAUGA